GCAAAUAUAAUAAUAUCAAAACAAAAUAUAAAAUGCUUUUAGGCUGAACAAAAAACUUCCCACACAUAAACAAAGAUACUUUCCUGUUUUUGGUGGUCCGAGAAGAAGAAUAUUGUAAUGAUGAAUGUAGAAGAAGAGGUUGAAAAGCUCAGGGAAGAAAUCAAGAGGCUUGGAGAGGUUCAAACAGAUGGUUCUUACAAGGUUACAUUCGGAACACUCUUUCACGAUGAUCGGUGCGCAAAUAUAUUUGAAGCACUUGUUGGCACGCUAAGAGCUGCCAAAAAGCGUAAAGUAGUUGCAUACGAGGGCGAGCUACUGUUGCAGGGAGUCCAUGAUAAUGUGGUAAUCACUCUUAAUCCUUCCCCUGCUGCUGUCAACUGAAACAACCGCGGAAGAUCAUUGAUCAUCCUUGGCUGGUGUGAUUCUAUUUUGCGUGAUUGUGUGUAAUAUAUGCAUGUUGGGUAAGGGCUUAUAAAAAAAUGCUUUUGAAGAGAACUAUGAUAUGUAUCUCUUCAUAAACCAUUACCAUUUAGUUUGUAUAUCAAUUGUAAAACGUUCAACAUAUUUUGAUUGGUAACUUUGUGCAACAAAAA